AUGUUGUUGCUGAAGGCUGGGAAACACACAGAAGUCCUUGCACCAGUCUAUGGAAAAAGUGUCAUGGAGGUCUGCGUAUUCUUCCUUUGUGCUAUGAUAUCUGUCCCAGGUAUUGCUGCCAGUGUGCAUCAGGUGAAGGCAUUUCUCAAUCACACUGCAUACCUAUCCUGCUAUUUUCCAAACUCUCAGAAAAUUGACAUGAGGGACUUAAUAGUUUUUUGGCAAAAAGGUUCUCAUAGAGUGGUGCACGAAGUAUACUACGGUGAAGAAAAACGUGAUCACCUUAGUCCUGAGUAUAUAAAUCGCACCAAGGUGGAUAUGGACAAAUGGACCUUGCAGUUGUUAAAUGCAGGAGUUAAGGAUGAGGGACACUAUGAGUGUAUCGUACAGCACAAAAAGGAAGGACCGCCAAAGGUCAUACACACAUCUGAGUGUUCACUGCACGUCACUGCCAACUAUAGUCAACCUGAGAUAGCACAACUGCACACUGGGGAACUAAAGCCCUAUGGAUACUUGAAUCUUUCCUGUUCAUCCGUUGGAGGUUAUCCAGAGCCCAAGGAGAUGACUUGGCUAAUUUCAUAUGAAAACACAACAUACAAGCAUAUGCCUCACAUGGACGUCUCACAGGAUGCUGUAACAAAGCUGUACAAUGUUACUAGCAAGCUGAAUAUCCCAGUUCCUACAAACAGCCUCACUAAUAUUAGCUGCUUGCUUCACCUCAGAGAGCAGCUGGGAAUCCUUGUCUCAGCGCCACUACAUAUUGAGAUACAGGAGAAAGAAGUGGAACAAGUAAAUAUAAAUUUCUCUGGCCCGCUUAUAGCUGUGGUUGUACUGGUCGCACUUCUUCUGGGUUUUGUGAUAUUGAAGAAGAUCAGAAAUAUCUUGUCUACCAACCAGAGUGUCAGUCUAGCAGUCUAGAAGCUAUCCAUCUUGAAACUGAG